AUGUGUGUCUCGGCUGGCUGCCCGUCGUGCGCGAGGACGCGGCCACGACGACCACCACACAGGAGGGCGGCGGUGAGAAGGCGCUCUUCGGCACCGAGCUGCAGGAGCUGGCCCCACCGCGAGGGCCGGCCCGUGCCGGCG